AUGCUAUGAAACAUUCUUCUAUAGCAUAUGAGUAAUUUGAUCUCCCUUCACUUGAAUCUGUAAAUGCAAGCAAAUCCAAGCCUAUCCUUCUCCUUCUCUCUCAUUUUCUAGUUGGUGAAUUUAUCAACUACCAAUUGCUAAUAAUAAGUCAUCUAAGUCUUUUAAUUACUUCUGCCAAAUUAGUGCACUGCCACUUUACUUGACUUUGUCCUCUCUCUCUCUCUCUCUCUCCCUCUCCCUCUCAAGUUGGAAAAUGGAAGCUCAUAAUUAUGGAAUGUAGCUUUACUCAACUUUUUUUUUUUAUCUCUCAUCCUUCAGGCCCUCUUCUCAUUGUUUCAGGGUUACUUCAAUAGUCUCUUCUCUAGAUUCAUCUCUUAUCAAUUUCGUUUACUUAACCGUUAAUUAAUUAUUGCUCUACUAGCUGUUGGGUAUUAGCCUUUUCUCUUCUCUCCUUCCCUCUCCCCUUUGGGAAUUCAAAAGAUUUGUGAAUUUGAUCUUUAAACUUGACUUGAAGCUGUGACUUUCUACUGCUGUCAUGGAUUUUGGGUCUUUAAGGUUUUCAAUGGAGGCAGAUAACAGCGAAGGGAAAUCCAAAAUGGAAGAUUAUGAAGUCAUUGAACAGAUUGGUAGAGGAGCUUUUGGUUCUGCUUUUCUUGUUCUUCAUAAAGCUGAGAAAAAGAAGUAUGUUUUGAAGAAGAUUCGCCUGGCCAAGCAGACUGAGAAGUUCAAGGCAACAGCUCACCAGGAGAUGGACUUGAUUUCAAAGCUUAGCAACCCAUAUAUUGUGGAGUAUAAAGAUUCUUGGGUGGACAAGGGAAGUUGCAUAUGCAUAGUAACGGCCUACUGUGAAGGUGGAGACAUGGCUGAGAUUAUAAAGAAGGCCAGAGGCAUCUUUUUCCCAGAAGAGAAGCUCUGCAAAUGGUUGACUCAGUUAUUGCUAGCUGUGGACUACCUACACUCUAACCGUGUCCUUCACAGAGAUCUUAAGUGCUCCAACAUAUUCCUUACAAAGGAGAAUAAUAUCCGCCUUGGUGACUUUGGACUUGCAAAGCUGCUUAACACAGAAGACCUUGCAUCUUCGGUUGUUGGCACACCUAAUUACAUGUGUCCUGAGCUGCUAGCAGAUAUACCUUAUGGCUACAAAUCCGACAUAUGGUCACUUGGCUGUUGUAUGUUUGAAAUGGCAGCUCAUCAUCCAGCAUUUAGAGCUCCUGAUAUGGCUGGACUAAUCAACAAAAUAAACAGAUCGUCCAUUUCUCCUCUUCCAAUUGUGUAUUCAUCCUCACUGAAACAAAUUAUUAAGAGCAUGCUGAGGAAGAACCCAGAACACAGGCCAACAGCUGCAGAACUGUUAAGACAUCCUCAUUUGCAAUCAUAUUUACUUCGUUGCCGCAAUGCAUCUUCUGUGUUUCUUCCAAUAAAGCCCAUAAACAAUUCAAAGGAGAAAACAAAGAGAAAAUCAUUGUCUGGCAAACCUAACGGUGGCAAAGCCAACAAGGACAGAGAAGCUGGGCCACAUAACCAGCCAGAAAAUUAUCAUCCAUUUGAAAGAAAUGGUGUUGUGCAGCAAAGCAAUCAACCUCACAUUGGCAUCCCGACAUCAACAUCAAGUGCAGAAGACAACCUUGAGACCAAGAGGGUUGAUCCUACAAGCUGUGCUGUGGAAAUAUCAGAUUCUAUGACUGUUCCAAAGGACAGUCCUACUGGUUCUGAAACUAGUAUUUGCAAUGGAGACAAGCAAGUUGAUUCUAGCAGUCUACUUCAAAAAGAUAGCACUGAAGUUGAGUUUACUUUGAAGAGCUCAUGGAAUUCUGAACGUGAAGGUGAAAUUGCAUCUGGGCAUUUUCAACAAUUGCAAGAUGUUAAGAUCAAGGUUGUUACUGCAAAAGAUCAGCCAACCUUUUGCAUCCAAAAAGUUGCUGAAGAAGCUGAAGCAGAGGGACAGGCUGUGACAGCAGUAGAUAGCAAGGGAUUGGCAAUCCUUGCUCUAAAUUGCAUUGACAAAGACGCUUCCCUUGAUGACAAAAGCACAGUGUCACCUAUAAACAAACCUUGUGAAGACUCGGAAUGUCGUUUAAAGAAACCAGAAAGCCCUGAUGUAUACAAGGAAGGAAUUCAUAUGGAAUACUUAUCAUCUGAAAGUAAUGAUAUCCUUUCAUGUAAAGAUGAAAUUGGAGCAAAACAAGAUAAGAAUAAGCGCUCCAUGCAAAUGGAGAAAUAUGAUGCUUAUGAGAUGAAGGUACCAACACCAGGUGAAAUUUCAUUACUCAAUAAACUUGCUGCAAUGCAUAUUGACGAAACCAAGAGUGAGUGGGAGAAUGCUGGACUGCAAAGAGCUGAUGCUCUAGAGUCUUUGCUUGAGCUAUGUGCACGGCUACUUAAACAGGACAAAAUUGAUGAGCUCGCCGGUGUCCUAAACCCAUUCGGGGAAGAAGUGGUCUCGUCUAGAGAAACAGCAAUUUGGCUGACAAAAAGUCUCAUGUCACAGCAUAAAUUUAAUGGAGGAACCUGAACAUGAGGUGAUUGCCACUAAUUUAUUAUUAGUACAGUGAGAAUAUGUAUCUAUAAAUUGUGUUGACAUAAAGAUGUGUUUCUUCAGAGUGUUGUUUGAUGAAGUGCAUGACUUAUAAACAUAUUUUAUUUAUUGUUUCACUCUCUGUUAACUUUUGAAUGUAUGAGAUAUGUGCUCAUUUGGAUGA